AUGACAGUCGGAACAAUUUGUAGAGACGAUGGUGUGCGUGUGACAACAGACAAGGAGAAAGGGGAGGCUUUUCUCCAUAGGUUUAUAGCUCAGACAGAUCAUAGUGAUGUAGACAUCAGAGGUGCAGUUAGAAAGGAGUUUGCUGGCACCUUAAAAAAUAUGCAUUAUGAAGACAUGAUACAAGUGGAAGAUAUCAAACAAAUUUUGAAAAAAGCAAAAGACACUGCACCAGGGCCUGAUGGUGUCAGGUAUGGUCACAUGAAGGCUUUGAGCGAUGUAGACCUGGCGGAGAUGGCCGACUAUUUUAACCAGAGUAUUAAGACAGCAUCAGUACCGCAAGACUGGGUGCACAGCUAUCUAAUCCCACUACCAAAACCUUUUAAAGAUCAUUCUAAGCUUAGUGGCUUUAGAAUCAUCACCUUACAAAAUACAUUUUGGAAGGUCUUGGAGAAGAUAGUUGCUGUAAAGUUACAAGAAUUUUUGGAAAGGGGGAAGCUUCUCCCAAGAGGUCUGGGAAGUUUCAGGCCAGGAAAGGACACUUGGGCAAAUGCGGCCACUUUUGCUUUUGACGCCUGUGAAGGGUUCCAGAACAGACAGGAAACUAUAGCGGUAGGACUGGAUCUCGAGGAUGCUUAUAACAGAGUGAGAUACGACAUCUUAAUGACUGCACUGAGGGAGAAGGAGGUCAAUCCUUGGCUGGUGAAUUGGGUUGCAGCUGUCCUGUAUUCACGUCGGGUUGCUCUCCGACUGGGCUCAUGGACCUCUGAAACAUGCACUUUGGCCCCAGGACUGCCACAGGGAUCCGCCAUCUCGCCUGUGAACUUCAACGUCUAUACGAGCAAGAUUGCAAGCCUAGAAGCACCAGGAGUUGGAAGGAUACUGACUUUUGCGGAUGAUAUCCUUGCAUAUAGGCAGGGGGAAGAGAGGGAGCAAACAGCCCGGGAGCUACAAUAG